AAGUGCCUGCCCGGCUGCGGAGCGCGCGGGGGCGGGAGGCGCGCGGCGGUGUGAGGAGACAGCGGCCGCCCGUGCGCAGCCCUGCCCCGCGCGGGGCGGGAGCGGCGGGAAACGCCCACGAGCCCGCCGGUGAGGCGUCGUCUCGACGCCCCGCAGCUCGGUGCUCCUGAGGGGCGGCCUCGGCCCCCGCCGCAGCGCCGGCCUCACCCUGCUGUGAGCAGGUCCUUCUCCCCUCUCACCUGCCCGCGGCCGGCCCUGCCGCCCCCAUGGGGUCCGGUCGGCGAGCGGCCGCGCUCAGGCCUGGCGGAGCCCGCCGAGGGGCCGGCAGGGAGGAACGGCCCGGGAAACCGUCGCUGCCGCCUCACGGUGCUGGGCGGCCUGUCAGGCAGAGGUCGGGAAAGCAGGGACAGACAGACGUGCCUGGGAGAGCACUGGCUGACCGCGCACCCCAAACCGGCUUCCCAAGAGCCCCCUCCUGCCUCCCCGGGCGCGUCCACCGAAAUCCUCACAGCCCCGCAAACAGCAAGGAACUGAACAAAAUGUACCUCAAAGGAUGGGCAGGUGCAAGCAUGAUGGGAGAUUUCAGGAGCAUCUAUUUUUCACAACAUAGUCACACCUUAGGAAAAGAGCAAGAGAAAUGGACUCAGUUUAUGGGAAGCUCCUAUACGCCAUUGCCAGGAACAAGGAGGCAAAGGAAAACAAAUACAACCCCUAUUUGCAAAAGUGUGGUUUGGUGUACCUUCUGUAUCACAGUGACUGUAGCUCCAUAUAGAAUUGAUUUAUACCAUACAUUUGAAAAGGAAACCCUAGAAAAUAGGCAUACAUUUUGUUGGUCAAGCGUUCCAAAACACUAUUGAUAAGAGACUUGGAAAACAAAUCCUAUAUACAUCCUAUCAUCCUGCAGGCAAUGAAAUAUCAACAAGCAUAGUGCGGUGGAAACCAUGGCUUGAGAGGAAAAAGCGUCUUUCAUUCAAAGCCCAUAAGAUCUCUUCACUAUUAAAAUUCAGCACACUGUAAGAAAAGAGACUGAAAGAGAAAUCAAAUAGAGUUUUAUGGCUUCAUAACUUUUACAAGUGUGUUUAACACUCUCCAAUAUUAUUCAUUCUUCAGACAGUCUAUGGCAUCGCAGAGUAUCAAAGGAGCAGUCUGAAAAAAGCAAGCUUUGAGAACCAAUUACUAGAAAGCGAUAGUACAAAAUGCAUUUAUCGGUUAGCUUAUCAAGACUCUGAUACAAGGAUUGAUUCAGAGAGGAGCGGCAUGCCUUCGUGACAUUCACUGAUGAUAAAUUACCUGCCAGAAGUCUUUGGGGAAUAUAUGUGUAACUCAAAUUAGUACAUAUAUCCUAGUACAAACAACAUCGAUGGCUAAAGUUGGCAGAAAACAGUGUACUUACAUUUCUACAUCUUCAGAAUAAGUCAGGUGAUGCAGGAAACAGCCUGACAUUUCUGGUUGAUCUAAAGGAAAACAAAUAAUCUCAGCUAUGGAGAGAAAGAGACAACUACAGAAAAGGGAAUUUGGGAAAAGACUUUCUCUGGACAGCAGUCUUGUGGAAUAUAUGGACUCAAACAAAUACAUAGAGCAUUUAGUGACUCAGCUGGAAGAACAACGCUGGAACUUAUGGAGGGAGAAGCUGUCUGUGGCUCGGCUGCAGCGAGAAGUUGCACAGAGUCGGAGUGAAGGAGCAAUGCGUGAGAAGCUGAUACAUGAGUUGGAGGAAGAAAGACAUUUAAGACUUGAGAGUGAAAAAAGAUUACGGGAGGUGACGCUGGAGUCGGAGCGCAGCAGAGCUCAGAUGCGUGGGCUGCAAGAACAGUUUUCCAGAAUGGAGGAGACAGUGAGAAAUCUGCUGCAGAGCCAAGGAUCCCCAGGCCAGCAUGGAGAAGGCACUGUCAAUAUCAUGAAGGUAUAUCAGGAAAAGCUGUCAGAAGACAGUAGGAAACAUAAAGAAGGCACGGAAAAAAUUCACACGCCGGCAGAUGAAGAUUCAAGAAGUGAAAGCAGCAGCACUGAACAAGAAAAGGAGAAAACCAAAUUGCUAUUAGAGCGUUUGAAAGCUCUGGAGGCAGAGAAUUCAGCACUGGCUCUGGAAAAUGAAAACCAGAGAGAGCAGUAUGAAAGAUGUCUUGAUGAGGUAGCCAAUCAGGUUGUUCAGGCUCUACUUACUCAAAAGGAUCUGAGGGAGGAAUGUAUAAAGCUGAAAACGAGAGUUUUUGAUUUGGAACAACAGAAUCGAACAUUAAGUGUGCUUUUCCAGCAGAGAGUCAAACCAGCUUCUGACCUCCUUCUUCAGAAACUCCAUUCACGCAUCUUGGACCUCUCAUCUGGGGAGCUGCUUUCAGAAGUAGAACGGAACAGAAGCUUGAUGCAAUCUCGAACUGCCGAUGCUCAGAUUCACGAAUGCCAGCAGAAUGUGAAAUCCUGUAUACCUGUCUUGAAAUGCCAGAGUCAACUAAAUGUGACAGGUCCGAGCCGCCUGUAUCCCCGUAGCAGCUGCAGUAGCAGUGAAAUCUCCCUCUCAAGCGCUUGCAGCGAGUAUUCCAGUGGUUCCUCCUACACUUGGAAUGAUGGGAAGACAUGCAGCAAAAGGUCAUCCGUGAGCUGGGAUAAAAGAAUAAGCAUUGGUUCUUCACUCCCAAGCAACCUCUCAAGUCCUGCAGAUGAUCUACCUCCAACUCGUAUCAAAGAAAACCAUAUCUUAGAAGGGCUGAAGAAAUUACAGAAGCAAAAAAUAUUACUUGAAUCACCUUCAGUAAUAUCAAAAUGGGGUUACAAAGAUUGCAUGAACUCUAAUGAAGGAAUAUAUUCCCCUGGAGUUAAAUGUGGCAGCCAUAACGAACAGACUCAUUGUAAGCCAAUGGAAAUAGAAAGUAUUUGCAUUGAACAUAGCAAAACUUUCUCCUACGAUUCAGAUUUGCAUGAUGAUGCAGAUGAUGACUCUUCAUCCUUACUGUUGCUGCCGGAGGUUCCAAGCAAAGACUGCAGGGCCUAUUGUAACAAAUUAACUCACAGCGUUUCUGACAGUCUCUUUGACUGGGAUCCUAAUAGGAAACAUUUGCCAGAAAGAAGUUCGUAUUUUAAUUCAAAGGAAAGACCUGAAAAAUUGACUAGUUUUGUCAGUGGAUUUCAGGCAGAAGCAAAGUCACGCACCAGAGCAAAGCUGCCUGAGUUACAGUUAAAUCAAAGCCAUGCUGGUAUAGGCUGGAAGGACCUUAAUUUUCAGCUUUCAGAUACGGAUGACAAUGAAGUGCUGGAUGAAUUGCAUAUAGAAAGCAGUGAUGAGAAAAGUCCAUCAGAUUUAUUAGCAACUCCUUUUACUGAGAAGUACUCAAAGACCUCUGACAUGCUCAAAGUCGUGGAGAAUUCUCAGUUUGUAUCUACUGACAAAGAGGAAAACCAGAUAUCUGCUCACUCAGACAUGGGGCCAAAGACAUGUAAUUUCAUUAAACAACAAAAGGUUAUAAAAAAGACCUCUUCUGAAGAGUGCAUUACCGUAAUAUUUGAUGCUGAGGAUGGUGAGCCUAUUGAAUUCAGCUCACAUCAAACUGGAGUUGUCACUGUAACAAGAAAUGAAAUCUCAAUCAAGCAGCCACAAACUAGGUCCAGUGCAGAAUAUACUGAACUUAUACCUCAGGGAAUAACUGAUUUGCAGACAGGAACCAGUGCUAGAAACCACACUGCUUUAGAAAGACCUGAAGAUGAAACUGAGAAAAAGCCUCUUGAAGAUAAGCCAGGGAAUAACAAUACAGUUGUCCCUGUGACCUGCAGUGAAUCUUCACACUGUGCAAGAGUGACACUGCAAAAUACUCCACGACAAAAACUAGUGAGGCCAGUGUAUGAUGUAUCAUACAAGGCCAAUUCAAGCUCCACUGUGCAGGCAGGAAACAAUCAAAAGCCAAACAUGACUAAAAUACCCAGCAGAGGUAAAUUUUCUCCCCAAAAAACUGCGACGACAGAGAGUGAGGAGACACCGGUAGCCCAGUCAGUGGGCUCUGCAACCCUUGAAAAAUCACCUGCCCUGCCACCUGUAAAACUUGCAAGAUUCAAAAAGGCACAAAGUCCACCUCGUAAUUUUGACUCAAAAGUUGACUUGCAGGUUCCAAAGCCCCCUGCCCAUCCCCUGCCUGGCUUGAAACGUCCAGGCAGAGGCGAUGGGUCAAAGUACCCAAAGAGUCAGAGUCCAGCAUCACCACUGUUGCCUCAGCACCUUAUAGAGCCCAGUGACUGUGGGGAACCUCCAACCAGAGACUUUCAUUGUGAUUUAGCAACUGUACAAGCCCGAUCACCAUCCCCACCCCUUCCUCCAGGCAGGUCAACAUCCCUGUUGAUUCGGCCUAAUUAUGCUCAUUCACCACCUGUAGUGGUAAAGUCAGGAGGAACUGGUCCCAGUGAAACAGCAAAAAACAUACUGAAAUCAUCACCAUUAAAAGGAACUGUGAACUCUGGCUUUCAUAAUCAAUCUAGUCAUGAAAUGCAAGCAAAAAAUGUAUCUUCUGGGGCCAAAAUUGAAUUAUCUUACCUUCAAGAAAAUGCAGAAGCAAUUAUGCAAAAUAAAUGCGUAUCUCAGCAACCCCAAGGUCUUUCCAAAGUUUCCACAAAGCAAGUCUGCCCAAAAAACCCUAAUCAGCUGGGUCUCCACAGGAAUCGUGAAUUUUCCAAGACAGAUUUUAAAACAGCCAGGUCCUUCUCUCUAGGUUGUGCAUCAUUGGAAACAACUUCUUCACAAGAUAUAUAUUCCAACAAAAAAGAUAUUUGCAGUGACAGUGGGAUGGAUCAGCCACAAAAGAUGUCAAACGUUCUCCCUACAACUCCUCAGUGUCAUACAACAAGCACAAGUGAGCCUUUACUAUCUCAGGUAAACAAUUCCCCGUUGUCAACACUGUUUCAUGGAAGUGACACUGCACAUGCUACCCAAAACUCUAAUGAGAAAGGAAUGAGAACCCGUCUCCCCGUGGGCCUGAAAUUGUUUGUAAAAUCUCCGCAACUUCUCCGAAAGAGCUCUACUGUACCAGGGAAGCAGGAAAAAGACAGUAUAAACGCCGCUUCCAAAAGUAACGUGAGUUCAAGUAAGUACAAGCAAAAUGAUUCUGUAAGUGUAACCACCAGAGGUGCAGCGGAUGCUGAAUUAAAAGACUCUAUGUCUGAUACCGAAGCGAAAAAUAAUUUUACUGUGGGACUUAGCAUGGAUACAGCAUCACCUCAUUCACAUGAAAACUGCGGCUUGGUGGUAGACAGGGUAGAUGGAUUAGAAAACAAAUUAGUUAAGAGAUCUGUUUCUUCCAGCAACAAGUCGCACUUGAAGCCAGCUCUGGGCAUGAAUGGAGCAAAGGCUCGUAGUCACAGUUUUAGCAUUCAUAUGGGGGAAAAGCCAUCUGCCCCUGUGACAGAAGGUCUCGCAAAAGUACGAACGCAGAUUAUUACAAACACUUCUGACAGAGGAAAUUCUCUAACAAGGCAGAACUCAGCUGUAGAAGGACUACAAAUCAAGGCCAUUCCUGCGGCAUCAGUGACACCAGAGGCUCUUUCCCAUACUCCUAAAACCACAGAAAAUUCUUAUUCUAGACAAAGUUCUUUUGGAAAUACAAAUAGUUACAAUAGCCAGCAUGGAAGCCCAAGCAAACUGCCCUUCAGAUCAUCUCCAAAAGCAGACGUCUUUCACAGCACUUCAAAAUGUGAUGGAAGCAAACCAUUUUCUCAGAAAGAUGCACAUAGUCUAUCUGUCCAGAGUGAGAAAAGCACUGAAAGUAUUAAACACGAAGCUCUAAGUAAAAAAAGUGUUCUGCCAGCAGAAUUGGAGUUACAAGGGUCAGCAACUGUAUCUUCCAAACAAAUUUCAUCAUUUCAAAGCUCGGAUGGAAUAAAGUGUCCUCAUAAACUAGAAGCAAUGAAGUCACGAAGGCAGCAAAUGUCUUUAAAGUUAGCAGAAGCCUCUGAGAAGGUUACUGAUGUUCUGAGUUCACCAGCUCUACAACCUUCAAUAGAGGAGAAAGUCAUGCUGUGCAUCCAAGAAAAUGUGCAGAAGGGCCAGGGACAAGCCAAGUCUCCCACUGUGGAGGGUAAACAAAAGACUGGGCCCUCUAUAGCGAGUUGGUUUGGCUUUCGAAAGAGUAAGCUCCCAGCAUUGAGUAGCAGGAAAACUGAUGUUCCUAAAACAAAGGUAGAAAAAAAAGAUGCAAAAGUUUCAGGAUUUGGAAUUAAGCAGGCAAAAUUAGAAAGAAGAAAAGAAAGAAAGAAAACCGACCAACACUGUGAAAUUGAAAAUGAAAUUAACAGGAAAACAGACAAUGGUGACAUUUUAGCUGAUGUCAUGGAAAGCAAAAUGAUGAAACCUUCACAAGACAUGCCUGGUGAGAUUGAAUGUGAACAAGUCAAAGGUUCCACCACAGCGACAUACUCGCCAAAAGACAGUUUUAUGAAAGAGCUUUUAAACAGAGUUGAUAAGAAAGCAGCUCAGCAGACAGAAAGUGGAUCAAAUAAUGUUUCCUACAGGAGUGUGUCGAAGGGCAGCUCCCAGGGCUCCUCUCUUCACGGCAACUCUAUCAGCUCUCAAGGAAACCACAAGAAAAACAGCAACACAAAAGCUGAUAUGGAAAUGCAGAAUCAGACCCUGGCUAAAGUAGUCACAGAAAACCCGCAAGAAGAAGAGGAGGACACCAUGACAAGGACUACAUGUCAGAGUCAUGUGAUAGAGUCUUGCUGCCAGAUGAGGACGCUGGACAGUGGGAUUGGAACCUUCCCCCUCCCCGACUCAGGGAACCGAUCUACAGGGCGACACGUUUCUAAGCAAGAAUCAACCUUGGAACCAGGAGUCUUUGCACUGCCUGAGCAGGUUCUUCCAGCUCCUUCAGUAAAAUCCAAAACUCUUGAGCGAGAAGUGCCUUCGACAGCUAAGAGCCAGGAGUCUGUGGAAAGUCUAAUUAGUCACUCAACAUCUGAUCCGGCCAUGACUGCCAAAGGUAUACGACCUUUUCAAAGUCGCCUUCCAAAACCAGCUUCCUCAGGAAUAAUUAACCUUGCAAAGCAAAGUGAACAAGAACCGAAUUCUGUGACCUCUGCCUCAUUAGAGCAUACUGAAGAAAUGGUGGAAAACAGAAAACUCCUUCCAGAGUGGGCAACCAAGAAAACCACUAAAACAAAGGACAGAGCUCUGAGAGUGUGUACUUAUUCUGCAAGCAGCAGUGACACUGAGCCGGAGCCAGAGUUUGAAACAAAUUAUUUUAGAACUGCAGAGGAGACUUUAAUAGAGUUAACAAAGAACAACAAACAAGCUGAACAGGAAAAACAAAAUCAGAGAAAGUCAUAUCUGGGGAACCCAAUGUCAAUCUUGGAUUUAUACCAACACCAUCUCUAUGGCCAUUUUGGAGAGAAUGGACCCGAACAAUUAACACAUUACAGUUUAAUCGAGCAGCUGAGUGGAGCUUCCAGUAAAGACAGCAAGGGCAAGGACAGCCCAAGUAAAUCGAAGCAAACUGAAGAAACAAAAGACGAUUCCCAGAAUAGAUUAUCUCAAAUUUCCCUGGAGUCUCUCAAUAAAUUUAACAGCAAUAACGUACUUUUAUUAGAAAAAGAGAAGAACUGUCUGAACGAGGUUGAAGGACAAAAGGAAGCAAAGGAAGCUUCCUUGAAUAGCUCGGGUAGGCACGAUGUGGACAAUUUAGAAUCCCUGAGUGAUUCUCUAUACGACAGCUUCUCCUCUUGCGCCAGCCAAGGCUCGAACGACGCGUGAGGACUCUCCCAGUGGGCUGUGACUGCAGCACGGAACGGAGCUGAAGGUGAGCGGGCAGUGAGGGGGGAGAAGGAUUGGUGAAAACUCUCCCUCCGAACGGCCGUAUACACAGCGGGGCGUUCGGACUGUUCACCGCACAGCAAUAGGAAAGGCAAGACGCGGUCAUCGUCCCGCGUGAGACCCAACACUGAACACGGCGAGCGGUGACACAGAAAGAAAAGUCUUAAUUUUGCACUUUUGUGAAUAUUUGUACAGAUGUAAAUAUCUUGGGAAAAUAUAUUUGUAGGGAUAAAUGACAGCAAUAAUUAUUAAAUUGGUGCUAUGCUCCUGUAAUGGCAGAUGACUAACUUAAAGAAAGUAAUGUUAAUGUUGACAAAAAAAGUUGGUAGAUUUUUUAAAAAGAUUUAUAAUUGUUCUAGUCUUAAAGCUGUAUGUAGAAACACUGCGUUACCAUAAACCUGAGCCUGCCAAAUUGUCUGUAAUAAACUUUCUCAGACUCCCUUUUACAAAACAGAUUUUAUUUUUUAAUUCUAGUGCAAUUCCAUACAGGUGUUAUAGGGAAAUGUGCAUUUCAGUUAUUAAAACUUCACAACAGGUGUCUUAUUUUGAAAGAGUUUUGACUUUUGACAUGACAAGAAAAGGAAUCAAUUAAAAGGCCUGAUACUGCUGGUAUUGACUUCAUAAAUCAUGUGCGUAACUGUUUGAAAGAUCGGGGUCAAAUAAUUCACUGCUGACACAACCGGGAGUCUCGUAUGAGUGAGAACACAAACCACCCUUUACUUCUGGCUGCAGUGUAAUUUCUUUAUUUCCACCCCCUCUGUACUCAUUUCCUAUCAGUUUCUGAAUGUACCGUAUUGUAUUAUCUUUUGUAGUCCCCGUUUUGGUCUUCGUUACAUUGUAAAUGCUAAAAUAAUUUUUAAACCCUAAACUCCUGUUUGUGAUUCGCUUAAAGAUGUUGGUGCUAACCAGUUCAAACAUAUCUAGGAACAGGGGGGUGGUGUGUAUGGGGUGUUUUUGUUUUUUCUACAAAGGUUGUUUAUAUGUAAGGGAAAGUCUAUUUCAAAGGUUCUGUGUAUUUUUUCUAGAUGUGAAGUAUUUAUAACUGCUUUUUGUACAGCGAUCUGUAAACUAGAUAUAUUUGGGAUAUUUCUAGACUCUACAGUUUCUUUAGCACAUGCCCGUUAAUCUUUGAAAUAUUGUACGAUCAGUGUUAAUAUUUUGUGCAAUUUGUUAUAUUUUGAGUCAUUUCUGCCGUAAAUCGGGGUUUUUUUUCGACUUUUAAGAAAUUUCCAUUGAAACAUGUUUGGUAAAUAAAAGUUCUCCUGCACA